AUGGGGAAUUCCAUCUCUUACACCACCACAGACUGCCAAGUCGUCCUACACGACCGAGGACGAAUCAAUGGUCUUCAGUUUGAUGACAAGUCACGGAGAUUUGCAGGCAUCCCUUAUGCGCAGCCACCUAUCGGUGAUCUAAGGUGGCGAAAGCCCCAGCCUUUUCCGGACACCCAUAGCUACUCAUCAUCCGAUGGUGUCAGUCCGUACGACGCCACAGUGUUUGGCCCUGUGUGCCCUCAACCAAAUUACUCGAAAGUGGUCAGUCAACAUGUCCCAGAGCAUGUUUAUGAUGAGGACUGCCUUCGGCUCAAUAUAUGGACUCCCAUUCCCGAUCCCUCCAAUCCAAACCAAAAAUGGCCCGUCAUGAUCUGGUUCCACGGUGGGUGGUUCCAGGUUGGAGAUCCUAGCCAAGAGGUCAGCAUGGAUCCGACGGAGCUCAUAUCCACUGGCAAGCUUCAGGUUGUUUUUGUUGCGGUGGGGUACCGACUCAACAUCUUUGGCUUCCUGGCUGGUCAUGCUCUCCUCGAAGAGUCCAAUGGGGAAUCUACAGGCAAUUAUGGACUUUGGGAUCAGCGCCUCGCAAUCGACUGGGUCCACAAGCAUAUUGAUGCCUUUGGAGGAGAUACCAGCAGUAUUCACUUGACAGGGCGUAGCGCAGGCGCCUAUUCAGUCCUUGCCCAGGCUUUGUAUGAUUUCAGGUCUGCUGCAAGUGAUCACUUUCGAUCCCUGGUCAUGUACUCAAAUGCCAUUCCCACUCAACCAAAAACACCCCAAGAAUGCGAAGCUCAGUUUGAAGAGGUUUGCAGGUACUUCAGAGCGCCUUCCACGUUGAACGCGAUUGAAAAGCUCCAAUUCAUGCGUGGAAUAAGUGCCAAAGAUCUCUGUGCUGGAAUAAUGGAGCUUGACAACCACACUUUCCGCCCAGUCACAGACAGUAUUUUCAUUCAACCUGGGAUAUUCGAGUACUACAGAGAUGGCUCUUUUGCAAAAGAAUUCAAAAGACGAAACCUGCGCCUCUUCAUUGGCGAGGUUCUCAACGAAGAUACACUGUACGCGGUCACAAAUGGCCCAGAGCCAAAUAUGGCAUCCCUACAACAACAAAUUGCCAACUACUACCCUCAUUCUUUAACUACACGGCUCUUGCAACAUUAUCAGCCUCCAAAGUCGGAGAACAAAGAAGACUGGGCGGCGCUAUUUGGCAAGAUUAUUGCUGAUGGUCAGGUCAGGGCCCCAUCACGUUAUCUAGUUAAAAUGCUUGUGGACAAUGGUGUUGAUAUGACGAAUAUCUGGCGCUACAUGAUCGCCUACCGACUUUCGUUUAUCACGGAAAAGGUCGCCCCGGGUUCCUUUGGAGUAACUCACGCUAUGGACCGCCCUAUUUGGAACUACUCUAUCACGCACGGCCCGACUCCCGCGGAACAAGAUUUAAUGUCAAAGUGGAUAGGGGAUCUCUGUGCCUUCAUUCAUGGCAAAGAGGGGUAUUCAUAUGGAACCUUCUCCCCGAAUGAAUAUAAGGUCAUGACAGGGGAAGGAAGGAUCGUCAUUCAGAAGGAUGCGUUAUGGGAUGAGUUGAUAAGGGCAAUGGAAGUGUUUUCGGGAUAUUAG